GGAAUCUGCACGGCGGCGUCCGGCCAUGGGGGACACGGUGGUGCUCAACCCCGGGCUCGGCGUGGGCCACCUGGUGCCCAUGGUGGAGCUGGCCAGGCCCUUCCUGCGCGGCGGCCUCGCCGUCACCGUCAUCGUCAACGUCCCGCCGGGCAAGGCCACGGACACCUCGGCCGCCGUCGCGCGCGCCGCGGCGGCCAACCCGUCCGUCCGCUUCCACGUGCUGCCCACGCCGCCGGACGCCGACGCCGACGCGGUGGCCCCGGACGCCGCCGAGGCGCCCAACCCCUUCGUCCUCCUGCGCCGCAUGAACGCGCCGCUCCGUGACUACCUCCGCUCGGUGCUGCCCUCCGUGCGCGCCCUCGUCCUCGACAUGUUCUGCUUCUGCGCGGACGCCGUCGACGUCGCCGCCGACCUCGGCGUGCCGGUCUACGUCUUCUACACCGGCAGCGCCAGCAGCCUCGCGGUCAACCUCUACCUCCCGCGCAUGCAGGCCCAGAUCGGCGACGCCAGCCUCGGCGAGAUCGGCGACGCGCCGCUCUCCUUCCCCGGGAACCGCCCCUUCAAGCCCACCGACCUCCCCGGGCUCGCGCUCGACCGCCACAACGAGGUGUACAAGAGCUUCCUGCACGCGUUCCAGCGGAUCCCGGAGUCCCGGGGCAUCGUCAUCAACACGUUCGAGUGGCUGGAGGGCAGGGCGCUGCGCGCGCUCCGGGACGGCGCGUGCGUCCCCGGCCGCGCCACGCCGCCGGUGUACUGCGUCGGGCCCAUGAUCUCAGCCGGCGGCGGUGGCGGUGGCGGUGAAGAGAAGAAGCACGAGUGCCUGGCGUGGCUGGACGCGCAGCCGGAGAAGAGCGUCGUGUUCCUCUGCUUCGGGAGCAUGGGCACCUUCCCCAAGACGCAGCUGGAGGAGAUCGCCGUCGGGAUGGAGCUGUCCGGGCAGAGAUUCCUGUGGGUGGUGCAGAGCCCGCGCAGCGCGGACGGCGGGCCGGACCUGCUCGCGGACGCGCUCGCCGAGCCGGACCUCGCCGCGCUGCUGCCGGAGGGGUUCCUGGAGCGGACCGGCGGCCGCGGCCUGGUCGUCAAGUCGUGGGCGCCGCAGGCGGACGUGCUGCGCCACCGCGCGACGGGCGCCUUCGUGACGCACUGCGGGUGGAACUCGACGCUGGAGGCGAUCGUGGCGGGCCAGCCGCUCAUCUGCUGGCCGCUGUACGCGGAGCAGAGGGAGAACAAGGUGUUCGUGGUGGAGGAGAUGGGCGCCGGCGUGGAGAUGGCCGGGUACGACGGGGAGGUGGUGGCGGCGGCGGAGGUGGAGGCCAAGGUGCGGUGGGUGAUGGAGUCCAAGGGCGGGGAGGCGCUGCGGGAGCGAGCCAUGGCGGCCAAGGAGAAGGCGCUCGAGGCGCUGCAGGAAGGUGGAGCAUCCCGGACGGCGUUUGCUGAGUUUCUUAGAGAUCUUUAGAGCCUGUUUAGAACAUAGAUUAUCGUCGUGUUACAGUUUUGUCGAAUCAUGUCACGUGAAAUGAAAAAACCAGAACUUAGAUUA